AUUAAAAGGAAAAAAAAUUAUCUUUACGGUGGUGGGUGAAUAGAUCUGAAUCAUCAGAAUUCAGAACCCUUUUAUUAGCAAAGAACCCUAGAUUAGAUUCUAUCGAUUCACAGUCUCGAGCUGCAGGGGUUUUUGAUCCUCGAUCCUGUCUUUGCAUCGGAUCUAUCUUCUUUAGAAAUCAAAAUCGGCAAAAAAAAAAUAUGAAAGAAGGGAGAUCUGGGAAGUCGAAUCAGCAUCAUCAAGACCACGAUGAACAUGUUCACCACCAAAACAGUCAUCUCAGUUCUUUCAAAUUCGCCAAACUCUUCGAUUCAGACGCUUCCUGGGACAAGGACCAACUAGGAGAUGUGUUGCAUUGGAUCAGACAAGUUGUUGGAUUACUCUGCGGUUUGCUUUGGGGUGCCAUCCCUUUGGUUGGAGGCAUCUGGUUACUUCUGUUUCUGGCAAUUUCUUCAGGGAUUGUAUACGGUUACUAUGCAUUGAUUCUGAAGAUCGAUGAAGAAGACUAUGGGGGCCAUGCAGCUCUGCUCCAGGACGGUCUUUUUGCUUCUCUAAGUGUAUUCCUGCUUGCGUGGAUUCUGGUGUAUAGCUUGUCUAGCUUCUGAGAGAGAGACACACUGUCUUGCGCUUGAGUUUGCGUUACCCCCCUGCUCGGAAGAAGUUUAGCAGAAGGUGGAUUUCAUGGUGUCUCCGGUCCGAUGACAUUCUUCUUUAUAUUUGCCUUUGACGCUUUUGUUUUGCUCAAGAUGAGAACUAGCUUUUCUUUGGUUUUGCUCAAGUAUAUUAUCGUUUUAUUUUUGCUUAAUAAAUUAUGUAGUCUGUUUAUGCUACAAAACGGUA